CUACCAGUCAGCAGGCGAGAGGUGGCACUCCUUCCCCCACACCUGAGGCACUGCAGCAGGUAGCGAGGGACCAUUAGCUUGUGUGGCACUGAAGCUUACGGACAGCAAGAUGGCUAUGGUGGUGACACUUAAAGGGCUGCAGGGGGGAAGAACUCUGGCCACUGGGUCGAGGAACAUGCACGCACUAACCUCAGAGACACCGCAGCUGAAGCAACAGACGCAGCAGAAGAAGAAGAUGCACCAAGUGAUUGUGUCAGCCCCCAUGCCAGGGGCGGCCCACAUCGCCUUGCCUCCCAAUGUUGCGGAGCUCCAGGCCUCAGAGAAGGCUCGAUUCUCUCCACGCCGCAACCGAGAUGUGUCCUCCAAGCUGAAUCAAGUUGGUGGAGUCUUUGGGUCAAGGUUCAUGGGCAGCCAGGUGUCACAGGGAGCUUCCUUCAACAGCAACUCACAGCCAGUCGAUUCCCAUUCUGACAAAUAUGAUACUCGCAUCACAGUUUCUCUUUCAUCUGUCAUGCAGACAAAUGUUCCAAAACCUUAUGAGAUCUCUGGCAAGGCCCCAGUCCACCUGAACAUGCCAGGCGGCCAGUGGGCUCAGGAUGAGAAGUAUAUCUCUGGUGACCUUCAAACCUUUCAUCACUCUAAAAUCUCGUCCAAAAAGAACUCAGGUACUGCCAGUCGAACCUUUGGUCUUUUGGGGCUGAGUGUGCCUGUUGGACGUGCUGCUGUGCCACGAGUGUCUGGAUCUAACCCCCUCCUUGGUGGUGGUGCUGGUAGUGUAGACUCUGUGCAUUCCAUCCGGCUCUUGAACACUGCUAACAAUGUCCGUCUGUUAUCUAACAAAGCCAGUGCUAGUGAACACUUAAUCAGGCUGUCUCCUGGGUGUAAGUUUUUCCACACGAGCACCCUCAGCAGCACUCAACAAAGUCAGGACACUCAAAACAAGACAUCAGAUACUCCUGAGCCCCAGCUGACCUCUAAACAGAAGCUGCAGCGAGCAGUUAAAGAAUACGGUGCGACGGUCGUUGUAUUCCAUGUCUCAAUCUCUCUGGCUUCCCUAGGGAUUUGCUACCUCCUGGUCUCUAGUGGAGUAGACAUGACGGGCAUCAUCAAGAGUCUGGGCAUCAGCUUGGGCCAGGUGGGCGAGGGAGCUCCAGCCACACCAUUGCUGCCAGAACCUUCAGCAGCAGGAGGCCUUGAACAGGACUCAGGCAGCUCAGAGGCAACAGGACCAACAACAACAGCUGAUGACUCUAGCACAGUGGAGGUGAACACAAGGAGAGCCGCCGGGGCUGCCACCUUUGUUGUGGCCUACGCCGUGCACAAGGUGUUCGCUCCGGCCCGCAUCGCUGUGACACUUACCGCCACGCCUUUCAUUGUCAGACACUUGAGAAAGAUUGGCUUUUUGAAACCUCCAAAAGCUAAAGUAAGCUAAGUUUUGUAUUUUUGUAGUUAGCAACCUUCAGUAUGUUGUGAAUGAAUACUUAAAUGCCACACCCUUUUAGAAUGUACACACAAUAGGCUGGUUCACUUACUCAGCUUUCAGCUCCUCUGAUCAAUAUAGUAAUAAUAAUACCUUACAAAUGAGGCUCAGCUGUUAAGGACUUUCAUGUCCAUUUUAGUGCGCAAUCCAUUUAAUCAAGCAGCAAGUUAAUCAGAUAGGUAGUGUUUCUUUAAUGUUGGGCAGUGUUAAGGCAACUAAACUGAGGGCUUGUUAACAUUUUAGUUGUAACAACGGUUAUAGUAUGUACUAUGCUGGAAUAUGUUUUAAUCAGUACUUCAGUAUUUUCAAGUAGAAGUUGUUAGAUAUAUUACAUAUUGACAACUUGGGUGUAUAAGUCAUCUUAAGGAAGCCCCACACAGCACCUGCUUUGGCUUGUGUCCAUCAUAUGUUAACAGAUAAAUCAUUCUUAAUUUGGGGCUGCUGUUGAGAGGGUCAGAUGAAGUUCUUAGGGUUUAUUUUUCUAAUUGCAUGUAUAUAUCGUAAUUGUAUCUUCUAAAUUGUGCUACACAUUACUCAGAAAUAGCCUGUAUAUGUUGGUUCAUAUCAGACACUAUAUUUAUAUGAAUAUGCAUUCAUUGUUGUCUCUGGAGAAGCUUUUUUUUGUGUGUGUUGUGGUGGGGGAAGGGGAGGAGGGGUUGAGGGGUCAUGAUUACAUAGCAAGGGUUGAAUGGUAGUGAAUGACAACACCUGUGCCAUCAUCUGCACACAUGUUAUUAAUGUUAUGACCACAGCUUCCAGAGGUAUGUGUGUGUGUGUGUGUGUGUGUGUGUGUGUGCUGAAUUAUUCAAUAUGUCUGCUUGGGGAGAAUGCUCAGAAAUCUAUGUUCCACUUCUGUAUUCUUUUAAGUGUUCAGUCAUGUAAUUUUCAAAUACUUUUGCUCUGUAUGACUGCUGUCCCAUGUCCCUGCUGAUUAUUUUUAGAGAAUAUAAAUUAUUUUUGAAGCAUUAUGAACAAAUGAUUAAAUAACCAAAUUUUCACUGAUUCAAAUUCCAGAUUAUGACAAUUUCAGCUCUGUCUGAUAUGACCUUCUCUGUUGUACAUAAUAAUAUGCCUUAAAAAUCUGAACUAUGCAUUGUGUUCACAUAAUAACAUGACUGAAAGAAAAUCUGUGUUAAUAUAUUUUUGAGUAAAAAAAAACUUAGUGAGAAGUGUCAGUACACAAUGAAUUACUUUAGUGAUGUGUGUAUUGUUGUGAUGCCUAGAUUUAUCAUUUGCAUAAAGUUCCUAUAAUACAGGAGGAUUACAAUGUAUUUCUUAAAUAAGGUGAUAUGGUGUCAUUAUGGCUUUCAUAAUGGGGUACAAUUGUGCCAUUUUAUCUUCAUUAUCCCCCACUCCUUCCUUUUUUAUGUAUACAUUCUAAUAUUCCUGCACCACAGGAACUUUAUGGUAAUGAUGACUCUGGGCAUCACAUUGUGUGGCUGAGGUGUGUGGUGAAGCAUGGUUUGGUUCCCAUGGAGGUGUGUCGGCCUCAGAUGGUUUGUUGGGAGCCUCACAGAUGAAAUUGGUUAAAAAUUUUGUACAUUUUAUAAAUUAGUUAAAAAUUUAUUGUUUAUGUAUGGAUUAUUACAUGACCAAUGAUCA